GGACAUUAAGUAACCAUCACCAAUAGCUGCCACUCCUUUCUCGUGAGCGUCACCUGCUGCGUUCAAGCGCACUGAACACCGGCACUGCGCUUCAAGCAUCGCUGCAAACCAAAGGAGUCUGUCUCUCUGUUAUUUAGAGAUGAUAUUACAUUGACGUCAGACAUCAUCGGAUUUCCCUGGCCUUAUGUCGACAUGGCAACAGGAAGGAAAAGCUCCACUUCAAAAGGUGGAGUGCAUUUCCAUGAUGAUGAGGAAGAUGCUCCCGUCGACAACAGUUGUGACGAAAAGGCUCAGGACAGAAUGCUCACUGCUAUACCAGAACCAGAUGGAGCAUAUCUUGUAAAGGCGGGGUUCUUAAGGAGCAAUCACAAAUAUGAAAUUGUCUUCUCUCUGCCGCAAGUCCCUGCGCUGGGCAAAGAUGUCACUCUUUCCCCCGCGCUUCGCACGACGGCACGGCCGCGUUUACGUGCCACAUGCAUCACACCGCUGCCUGAAGGGGGCGCGAAGGUGGUUUGUGAGUACAGCGCCCACCAGGAUGGUGUAGUACAGGAGGAUCUCAUGCUGGUCAACAGGAGCAGAAGAGACAGCAGUGUUAAAGUUAGAUUACAGGCCAGAGUCAUGGAGCGCCAUCACGGGACCCCAAUGUUACUUGACGGCGUGCACUGUAUCGGAGAGGAAAAGCAAGCCGCUUCCAAAACUAAUGACAUGAAGAAGAUGUGACAGGAGUUUGGUUUCUGUGUCAAUGAUAAUAAUUUACCCCUUGAGGAUCUCCUGAUGGCUUUCUGCACUAACACAAAAUGAAUCAUCUGAUCACAGGUCUGCUAAUGGCAUCACAAAUUCAAUCUAACCCAAGCUUUCAAGUUGUGUAGGUCAAGGGUAGCUAUGCGAAUGUUAAGAUGUAAGGUGUGCUGCUUUGUAGAGUUUGUCAUGUAGAAUGUGGGUCUGUUUGAAUAAUAACCUUUUAGCAUACUGUAUCUCCUUUGCUAGACAAUCUAAAACGGAUGACUUUUAAGUGAUACAUUAAGAAAUGCAUAAAAAGACAUGGAUAUGCAGGACAUUUGCCUCCCACUUACAUGAUCAAUAUUAGGAUUGUUUUUUCACUGUGUUUAAAAACAUGAAAAGGUGCUAUAACAUCCACAAAGCAUACUGUAGAACAUGUUUCAAACUGAUCCUGGAAUGCUAUUCAAAUGUCUUUUCCAAUACUGUAGUACACUUUUCUUUACACAUCACAUGAAUGUUGGACGCACAAAUAAUUAUGAAAAUACUCGUGACUUCAUAGCAGACAGUAGAGUAAAUUAAUCUUGGCGUUUGCGUUUUUCCUAUGAUAUCUACUCAACAACAACACUGUAGAAAAGUAAAAAAAAAAAUGUGAUUCUGUAAUCGAGAUUAUCUUGAUAAUGUAAGUACAGUACAGGAUAAUUCACAGCAAACGGUUGUUGGGGAGGAAGGACAAUAUAUGAAGAAGCCAUUAUGUACCUUUGGCUUUGAUCUUACAAAAGGUUGUCAUAAAGAUUCAUUUAUUUACUUUAAAAACAUAUGAUAAUGAUGUCACAUUGACCAUUUUAGCCAAAAUGCUACUACAGAAAGAUUUAUGAAAAAAAACACUGAUAUUCUGACAAUUACAGAGAAAAGCCCUCUACUAUCAUCAGGAAAAAUUAAAGCUUGCUUGAAUGUUAGUUUCACAAUACUGUGACGGUACAGCAAUUUUAAAGCAUAUAUGAUGUGCGAAGAAAUUGUUGAGAUGUUGUAACAUACAUUUAAAAAUAUGUAAAACACAUACAUUAAAAUGAAUAUAAGC